AUAAAAAAAUCGGACACUCAUUUUAACGUGUCCGUGUCCCAGACGUGUCUGACACCGACACUCUGCCCAAAAUGAAGUGUCUGUGCUUCCUAGAUCCAAACACACCCUUAAUCCUCUCAACCAAAGAAAGCCCUAGAUUUUCUCACAAAUCUCUCUCACUCGCUCGCUCAAGAUUUGUGAUUGAAAGUAACAAUUUCGUCGAACUGUAAUCGCACUGUAUUGAUCUAGGGUUUCCUUUUAUUCAUAAUUUUGUUUUUUUUCCACUUAAACUCUCGAUUCAGCACUAGGAACCAUAGGAAAAGAAAUAUUCUGCUCAGCUAUAUAUGAUAUAUCGUUGGGUUGGAUGUGAGUGUCCAGUUCUUAUUUAACGAAAUCAAUCAGCACAAAUAAGCGAAAUUUCAAUUUCUUUUACACUGCAUGUGCUUGAAUUACUUGCAAUUUGAGUCGUGAGAUUUUCUGGAGUUUUUUCAGGUUUUUUGUUCAUUUAUGAUGGGAACUUCUUCUAAAUCUUUUAUUUAUGUUUACGCCUAUAUAUGCAUGCAUACAUACAACCAUAUCUGUCUGCGGGUGUGUCCAUCUAUAAGGAAAAGGGGCGUUAAGUUUCAGAUAUGGAUUUUACAAUGAGAUUGGGGAUUGAAAAAGCUUCUAAAUUAGUUAGGCUAUAUGUAUACUGCAUUCUAAAACAUAGUUUGUGCUUGGAAUGAUUUUUUCUGCAGGUAAUUGUAGUGAUAUAGAAGCAAAACAUAUGGAUGAAGAAGGAAGAGUGCACCCAGAUUGCAGGAAUGCAUCAAACCCAUACCAUGAAUGUAGUGAAUAUUGCUUCAAAAUAAUUGCCGAAGCCAAAAAGCAGAUGAAUAAAAACAAACCAGGAGUAAUGCAGGCAAGCAUUAGUGAAGUUGAGCCGAAUUCUUCUGCUACUUCUGAUCAGGGUGAAGUUCCGCAUGAUGAAAUACAUGAUCUUGAAGAUCACCCAAGUCCAAAUGGGGAUGAUAACAAUGAUGGUGAGGACAAGGUGGAAGGAGACUCCACAUCACUGACAGGGAGACAAAAAAAAUUAUUUGAGUUGAGGCUAAAGAUGAAUGAGGCAAGAAAAGCCAAUCAAACUGCCAUGGUGGCAGAGAAGAAAAGAAUGGAAGCUCCAUCAGAGUCGAGGGGCAUUUCUAAAGAAAAGUGGCUGGAGGAGAGGAAGAAAAAAAUUGGCAAACUUUUAGAUUCCAAUGGUUUAGAUAUGACUAAAGCUUACAUGCUAGAUACACAAGAUGUGGCAGAGACAAAGUAUAAGAAAUGGGAAAAGGAGCCUGCUCCAGUUGGUUGGGAUGGGUUGUUGGAUGAAAACGGAUCGUCUUGUGAAGGGAGCCUAACAUAUAGUCUGUUUGGACUGGGGAGACUACAAAAUCUACCCACCGGUGUUCCAUGGUUGGGUGGAUUGCUUUCAGUUGUUUUUAAUCAGAAGACAUUGUACAAUGCAUACAAAAAGCGGACAAAGAACAUUGAGGUUGACCUUGAAGACUACAACAAAUUGAAGGAAGCUGAUUCAGAAUUUUACCGAGAAGCUUCGAGUCUCCAGUAUGGAAAAGCACCAAAGAUUUCAGAGGAGAAGAUUGACAAGAUGGUGAAGGAGCUCAAGGACAGGGACGAGAAGCGAAAGUCAUUUAGUAGGAGGAGAAGGUUCCAUGAGGAGAAGGAUAUUGACUCGAUCAAUGACCGCAAUGAACAUUUCAAUAAGAAGAUUGAGCGGGCAUUUGGCAGGUACACAUUGGAGAUCAAGAACAACCUUGAGCGAGGAACUGCUUUGCCUGAUUAAGGUACCAGUGCAUUGUAAUGCCUUAUAUUUUACUGCACGAAUAAUUGGUCAGUGAUCCCUUAGAAUGGGGUAAGCUCCUUUUGUUGCCUCUCCUUUGUUGGGGAUAUGAUAUUUUGUAUGAGUGAUUUUUCUUUUAAUAACACUAGCAAUGCAUCACGCGUGUUGCACGUGUAUAAUUUUUAUAUAAAAUAUUAAUAAAAUAGAGAAUUAAAAGAUGUUAGGAGUAAUUUAGAGAUUUAAACACAUAAAGAUAUGAUGGUAAUUUAGAUAUUUAAGUAUUUAACUAUAGACAGAUAAUGUGGUAUUUAGAAUUCUUUAUAAGGGUAAUAUAGUGAAUUAAAAGUUUUUUAUGGUAAGGUACUUUUAUUAGUAGUAUAUAUAUAAAUAUGAGUGAAUUUUUUUAGAUCACUUACUUUUUUUACAAGAUUUUUGGGUAAUAUUUAAAUGUACGGAUUUCAUAUAUAUAUACUUAAUCUAUUUACUCUCUAAAUCUUGAGUUCAUCCCAUGCAAAGAGCAUGGAAUAGACUGAUUCUUGGGCAGACUAAUUCUGAGAUUAUUAUUUUCCAAGCUGGUCUGCAUAAUUGGACUGUAAUCCAUGCUAUGAAAAUUCUUCUUGUGCCCAUGAUUUAUGAUGAAUUUCGAUGUAGUUGGACUUGCCAGUUGACCCAAUCCUUAAAUUACUGAAUUGUCUUUUGUUCUUUAAUAGGAGGCCAGAUCCUGCUAUAGUGUGGAGUUCAAGAGAUCUCUAUAUUGUAAGUAACUUUUCUGGGCACUGAUAU